AUGGUAGAUGCUGACGCACAGGACACCGGUCCAAAGACUGACGCACAUGAUAUUGGUGCACAGGAUGCUGCAAAUGAGCCUGAGGGAUUUCCUGGUGGACCUAGGGACCCAUCAGUGAUUACAAAGUAUGCUGACCAUGUUGCGGCCAUCGAACGUCCUAAGUUGAAGUUAUCCUCCCAUGGGAAGAAGGUGCAUAAAUUGGGCAGGCCUGUUCCUGCAAUUGAGGACAUGGCCCUGCGUGACCUCACUCUUACUAGGCGGUAUGCAUGGGGAGCUGCUGGCCUCGUCCAUAUGUACGAUCAGCUUAAUGAUGCCAAUCUCAGCACCAGUCGACAGCUUGCUAGUUACAUCACCUUGUUACAAUGUUGGAUAUACGAGCACUUUCCGUCAGUUGCAGAGUGCAAUGUUGAUCCGGACUAUGACGAGGUGUCACCACAUGCGUGUCGAUGGAUUGUGACAAAGAAGACAGUGAAGAAUGUAUCUACAGUGAUGUACAGGCAACGCCUGGAUCGUCUGAGGAUCCCAGAUGUCUAUUGGAUGCCAUAUGCGGAGCACCGACCUGUGCAGGACUUUCAUCCGAUUUCGUGCUUCUCGGGACAGCUCCGUUGGGGGCCUGUUGUUGUCAGAUACAGACUAGAGAGGGUUAUGCGCCAGUUCGGCUAUGUCCAGUGCAUUCCUGGACACCUUGUCCAUUCAUGGGUGUCAUAUGAUGACAUGGACGAUACAUGGACGCACUACUCAGACCAUCUGGCGGCAGCAGAUGAUCUAUGUGUUGUGCCAGGUCAGUAUGCGCCUGACUACAUAGACUGGUUCUUUGCCAUAUCGCAUUCAUUCAUGACUGUGCCACAAAAUGAUCCUCCUCGAGAUGCAUAUGAGACGCAGCCCAGUCAUAUCCCUCAUGAGGCAGCAUCGACAUCGACACAUGCGGAUCCUGACGCGAAUGAGCCUAAACAUGCAGUGGAGGCUUGCCAUGCAAUCACAGAGGUGUUGGAGCAGCAUCUAAAUGCGCCAAGCACAUCGACACAUGAAGAGGUCAUCCAAAAAUGCCUCAGGAUUGCUAGGGGUGUCACAGAAGAUCGUAAUAUGUAUGUGAGGUCUCGACUUAUGCGGUGCACGGAUCAACAAUAG